AACGACAACUUGUAGUUCAAACUCAAGUUAUAUUCAUAAAUAUAUUUACUUAUAAGUAAAAGUUGGAAUAUCUUUUAAUUGGCAACAGUUUUAUAAAUUGAAGGAAACUUUUGCUAGGCGAUUUUGACACGCGCACAGCGAUUUUUUAGCUUCUGACAAAAAGGACAAGAAGAUUUUCAUCAUUCGAAUCCCAUAAAUAUUUAAAACCUUUCCCUCUGGUUUUUAUUUCCACUUGGAUUGACUUUUUGAAUGAAUUAAGAGAUCCCCCAAAAAAAUUUACAUUUUUUUGUACUCGUUGGCUAGUCCAAAUAUUCUGUUCCUGGAUAAGUUUUGUAUAAAUGACUUAUUGGAGUAAGUUCGUCUUUUCAUAAAAUUUUUAAUCGUAUACUGCAUCAUGUCGAUGACUGUUCUCUUUAUUAUUUUAUACACCAGUAUUUUAGUAUCUGCUGAAAAUUGUUCGCCACGAAGGUUUGGAGAAGAUAGUAAUGUUUGUGUGUGUAAUGCUACAUACUGCGACUUUGUAACAGUACAAAUACCUCAAGAUGGACAAUUUAGAGUUUACGAAUCAAGCAUAAGUGGCCAACGAUUAGAAACAAAACUUUAUGACUUUGAUAAAAUAAUAAAAAAUAACAUAAAGCUUUAUUUAAAUUUUGAAAAAAAAUACCAAACUAUUCAUGGAUUUGGAGGCGCGUUUACUGAUUCUACUGGUAUAAAUAUCAACACUCUUAGUGAUUCAACAAAAGAACAAUUAUUACAAUCAUAUUUUGGCGAAAGCGGAAGCAAAUAUAAUCUAGGUCGCGUUCCAAUUGGUGGCACCGAUUUUUCUAUAAGACCUUAUUCGCUCGACGAUACACCAGAUGACGUUUCACUACGAGACUUUUCUUUAGCAAAAGAAGAUACUGAUUACAAAAUACCAUACAUGAAAAGAGCUCUGAAAAUAAAUAAAGAAUUAAAAUUUUUAUCCGCUUCAUGGUCAGCACCUCCAUGGAUGAAAACAAAUCAUAAUUAUACUGGAUUUCUGGGUUUUUUAAAAAAAGAAUACUAUCAAAUAUAUGCUGACUAUUUAGUUAAAUUUUUAGAAGAUUACAAAAAUCAAGGCCUACCGAUUUGGGCAAUUUCUACCGGAAACGAGCCGGCAGAUGUUUUUGCAUUGAAUUCAGUUCACUUUAAUGAUAUGGGUUGGACUCCUGCUACUGUUACAAAAUGGGUUGUUAAUAAUUUAGGACCGACUUUACUUAAUUCUACAUCAAACGAAACAAUUAUCUUAGCAUUAGAUGAUCAACGAUUUGACUUGCCUUGGUAUCUUCAUGCAAUGCAUAAUUAUGACAAUCGAAUCGAUAAAUAUAUUUCUGGUAUCGCAGUUCAUUGGUACAUGGAUAAAUAUUUUCCAAUUGAAUUGUACGAUCGAACUCACACUGCGUUCCCAAAUAAAUUUAUUAUUAUGACAGAAGCGUGUACUGGAAGUACAUUUUGGGAAUUAAAAAAAGUUCGAUUAGGAUUUUGGAAGCGGGGGGAGAGAUAUAUCAUGAGCAUUAUUGACGAUUUAAAUCACUGGGUAACUGGAUGGGUAGAUUGGAAUCUCGCAUUAGACAAAAAAGGAGGUCCGAAUUGGGCUAAAAAUUAUGUUGACUCUGCAAUAAUCGUAAACUCAGAAACAGAUGAAUUCUACAAACAACCCAUGUACUAUGCAAUUGCACAUUUCAGUAAAUUCAUUUCACGUGGAUCUGUCCGAGUUGAUCUUACUCACCACAGAAGCAUUAAAUCCGUCGCAUUCAUCACACCAGAAAAUACUACUGUAAUAGUGCUUUACAAUAAAAAUGAUAAACCAAAAAAUGUGACUAUAGUAGAUCCAAAUAAAGGAAAUAUCAAUGUGAUGGUUUCAAAAAAAACUAUUCAAACAAUUAUAUAUAGACAAUAAAGAAAAAAAUUUAUUUAUUUUCAGGGCGUAAUGCUUUUGGUAUAUAAUCAGGACAAUGAUUAUCCAAUCUACGUAAAUACGGAUUGAUUCCAUAAUCCCAAGGGGUACGUCUUUUAUCCAAAGGUCGGGUAUUGAAUAUAAACUUAUAAAUUUUCUGCCAGUGGUAUAAUUCAGGCAUCCGUCUAUAGUAAAAAAAAAAAUAUCCAAUUUAAUAUGAGUAAUUAUAAAAAAAUUUAUAAAGUAUAACUGUAUUGCAGUACGUACAAGUGCCUAGGUCUUGCUGACAUUAAAUGUUUGUAUCUUUUUUCAA